AUGUCUGCGCCUACGCGAGACGCCCUCAGCUUCCCCUCCUCAUCCGCUACACAGAUCGAUCCCUACCUACCUGAGCCUCGGGAUUCAAGUCGAAUCCUGUAUCCACAUGUUACCCUCACAUACGCCACUUCCCUCGAUGCCAAUCUUUCUCUCUCGCCUGGCGUUCAAACCGCACUUUCAGGAGCCCAGUCAAAGGCAAUGACACAUUACUUACGGUCGAAGCACUCCGCCAUCUUGAUAGGCGCCGGGACUGCCGUUGCGGACGAUCCUUCGUUGAACUGCCGGAUCGAAGGUGUAGGUGGGUAUGGCGGGGUGGGACUGCAGGGGCAGCCGAGACCUGUGGUGUUGGAUGCGAAGGGGCGUUGGAAGGUUGGCGAGCACAGUAAGGUAAUCAAGUUGGCGAAGGAGGGAAGAGGGCUGGGCCCUUGGGUCAUUGGCGCGCAGGAUGCCCCGGUUGAAGACGGGAAGUACAAGGCUUUGAAAGAUGCUGGCGGGCUGUACACGACGCUGCCUACCGAUUCAAGCGGUCACUUCGACUGGAGUGACAUCCUGAAAGCCCUCGGUGCGCAAGGGAUCACCAGCGUAAUGAUCGAGGGUGGUGGCUCCGUGAUCAAUGAGCUACUGAAUCCGAGGUAUAUCGGCCUUGUGGACUCGGUCAUUAUAACGAUUGCGCCGGUGUGGUUGGGUAAGGGUGGUGUGCAGGUAUGCCCGGAUGCGAGGAGAAACGAGGGCGGGGUGAAGAUGACGGUAGGAAAGCUGAAUGGUGCGCGGUGGGUACCGUUGGGCGAUGAUGUGGUGCUUUGCGGGCGACCAGGUUGGCAGUGA